CUUGAUCGUAGUCAUAUAUUGUCUUGUUGCUGACUGGAAAGGUUUUCACUGUUCCAAGCAUUUCACCGAACACGCAACAGUAAACUAAACUCAAGCUCAAAAGAAGGUGCAUUGUUGACUGAGUGAAGACUUUGAAGAGUACCAAUUUGUCCAAAGUGUGAAGUCUCUUUUCCUCCUUCAAUAAUUGUAUUGCGAAACUGUGGAUAAAAUUUACAAACGGAGCCUAGUCAGGGCAUACAUUUUGAGAAGACAUUGUGAAAGGAAAGAAAUUCGACAAAGAAUUGGCCCGAAAAUCUUGAACGUGAUUCCAUCGGAAGCAGAUGGCUACAAACGACGACAACGCUGCUGUUAAUGAUGGGGAAAACAGUGUGGCAUCUGAUGCAACUGUUCCCAGAGAGGUGGCUACAAACAACGACAACACUGCUGUUAAUGAUGGGGAAAACAGUGUGGCAUCUGAUGCAACUGUUCCCAGAGGGGUGGCUACAAACAACGACAACGCUGCUGUUAAUGAUGGGGAAAACAGUGUGGCAUCUGAUGCAACUGUUCCCAGAGAGGUGGCUACAAACAAUGACAACACUGCUGUUAAUGAUGGGGACAACAGUGUGGCAUCUAAUGCAACUGUUCCCAGAGAGAUGGAGUGUGAGUUCGAAAAAACAACAGAGGAGUGUGAGGAGAAAAAGAUGAAGAGAGAGAAGAGAGAGGAAACAGAGCUAUGGACUUCGAGAAAGAGAAAGAGAGAGAGCAACGAGGGAAAAGAGAGAGACGGGAACGAGUGCAAGCAGGCGAGAAGAGACGGAGAGAAGAGACGGAGAAAAGAGAAAGACGAGAGCAAUGAGAGCGAGAUGAGAGAGGAAACAGAGCAAUGGAAAUUGAGCAAGAGAGUGAGCAACGAGGGAAGAGAGAGAGACAGCAAUGAGGGAAGCGAGAGAGACAGCAAUGAGGGAAGCGAGAGUGACAGCAAUGAGAGCAGUCAGACGAGCGAGAGCGGAGAAGAGACAGAGUAA